UAUAAAAGCCAACAAAAGGUACGAGUGUUUCACAUUGUUACCAACCCCUUCAGUCUGCCUAAUCAUGAACCCUCUUCUGAAAGCCUUGGGCGUGCUGGCCGUGGCGCAGGCGGUGUCCUCCGGGUCCAGCGGGUAUGGCUCUCCAGGCGGAAGCGGCGUCGGCGGCGGUCCUGGAGGCGGACUCUCCAGCGCGGUCCUUGGGGGAGCUCACGGAGGCGGCUUUGCUGCGGCCGGACAUGCAGGAGGAGGCCAUCAGGGCGGCGGCCACGUAGGAGGAGGGAGUGUGGUUCGCGCAGUCCUCGUGGGCAGCGGCAUCCUCCCCAACAGCCUCGUUGACCCUGCUGUCGCCGCCGGAUCCAGCGCUGGCUUCGGUGCAGGUGCCGACUACGGCGACUUCGCGGGAGCCGACUACGACGCCUUCGGAUUAGCCGACUACGACGCCUUCGGGUUAGCCGACUACGACGCCUUCGGGGGAGCCGACUACGACGCCUUCGGAGGAGCCGACUACGACGCCGACUUCGGGGGCGUGGGCUUCGGCGGAGCGGCCACAGCCUACGACGCCGGAGAGGGCCACGGAGCCAGCGGCCUGCACGAAAUCGGCAUCGCUGAAGGAGUGAGCUUCGACGCCGGCCUCGACGACGCCGCUGCCUUCCAGGACGUCCAGGGCGGAGGCUUCGGGGCGGCGGGAUUCGCCAACGGCGGCCAGAUCAGCGGGUCGUAUGGGAAAUAAUGAGCAGCUUCACGUUACCUCCAAAUUUCUGUAUAUUAACCUGUAAAUAAAAUCUAGAACGAAACU